AUGAUGACAGUGGCAAUUCUAUUAUUGAGUUUAUUAUUAAGUGAUUUAACAACCAGUCAAAUUCCAAACCCCACUCAAUAUCGAUUCACGUUGACAACAGAUGGUGUUGUUCAAGAACGCUAUGCUAUAGAUAAACAAGCAGGUAAAAUGUCCCGCUUAUGGUUCUCGAAUAUUGGCGAUGAGGAGUUUGGUGGUAAUCAAGACAUAUAUGUACGUGAUGAUGGUCGCACGUAUUUUUUUGAUUUCAUGUCGCAACCACGGCAAUGCAUUGCGAAUAGAGGUGGUCCAUACAAUGAAAUGAAUUAUUGGCCAAAUCUUGUGCAGGCAUUUGGUGGUGAACAAAAACAAUAUGAUGAACUAAUAUUUGAUGCUGAUUGCGAUGGAACUUGUCUAACAUGGAAAACUGAAUAUAAUGAAACAUAUGAUCACCAUCGUUACGUGAAUCGAUUGUAUGUCAAGAAAUCAGAACAAAAACCAAUCAAAAUGGUUUUGAAAGCGUAUGAUUUGGAUACAGGAAACUUGGUGUCAACAUCCAUUACAAAAUUUACUAAUUGGAUGACAGGCAAAAUACCGGAUUAUGAAUAUGAUUAUCCCAUGGACUUGGAAAAAUGUUACAAACCAUAA